UAAGCUUUUGCUCCUUUUUUAUCAUCUUGACCCUUUUUUCUGCUAUUUCAUUCAUUUGCACUCAUCACUAACCUGGAUGAGCCAAGUCAGAAACAGGAUAGGGCCGAAUAAAAAUAGAAGCAGGAAAGAAAAAGAAAAGCUUAAGGACUACCAGUGAUUGAAACGGGGAGCGCACUAAAGGGAGCCAGCUUUGAAGCGUUCCCAUCUCAUUCAAGUAGCGUUUCAAAGUUUUUUUUUACAACUCCUUCAUGGCAGCUACCAUGACUGACAGCACAAUGCGCCCACAAAGCUCGCUGGGCCCCAUUACGCCGCAGAAUACACAAGAGGCAUCAUCAUCUUAUGUGCCAACAACGGAAGCUAUUCAGUUAGCACCAGAGCUUAAUUCGUCCAUCACUCAUAUCCUCCGUUCAAAAGACCCUCUGGACGCGCAGGAAUUCAGUGCGGUAGAAUACAUCAACAAAAUAUUCCCUAAUGAACACUCGCUUGCAACAGUCGAUCAGGUGCUAUUGAAACUUCAGGCAAAGGCUCAGCAAGUUCAGGAAGAGCUUCGUGAAUUAACACGAGCCCAAACAGAUGGCGGUCAAAAGGGACAGGAAGAGGUGGAAGCUGCCAAGAAAGGCAUCGAGAUGUUAUUCUUUAAAAUCAAGGAAAUCAAAGAAAAAGCAACUCAGUCAGAACAAAUGGUACAGGAGAUCACUCAAGACAUCAAAAGCCUUGAUUAUGCUAAGCGUCACCUCACAACCUCUAUCACUACGCUCAAACGCUUGCAAAUGCUGGUUACGGCUGUGGAUCAAUUAAAAGCGAUGGCUCAACGUAAGCAAUACAGGGAGACUGCACAAUUGCUGGAGGCUGUGCUGCAGCUUAUUCAGUACUUCCGCACAUUUCAAAACGUCAGACAGAUUGCUGAGCUCACAGAAUCUGUGGCUAAAUUGCAAGUGGACUUAGAACGCGACAUUGUCAAGGAUUUUGAGCAUGGAUUCACAAAGGAGGGAAUAUUGAUAGGGAACAUUGGCCAGCUAUCUAGCGCAUGUCUCGUUAUUGAUAUCUUGGGUGAAGAUGUUAGACAAAACCUGGUGGAGUGGUACUGCAAGCUUCAGUUGCGUGCUUAUAGAUCGGUGUUUAAACCGGGCGAGGAGGUCUCCGCUCUUGACAAUACUUCAAGACGCUAUGCAUGGCUUAAGCGACUGCUCAAAAUCCAUGACGAGGAACACUCUCACGUCUUCCCAGCGGCUUGGGACGUGUCACGCGUCCUAUGCUUACAAUUCUGUCAAAUUACUAGGGAUGAUCUGUCCGACAUUUUAGCCAAGUCAGCCUCAACUGUGGAAGUGUCACUACUCUUACAGGUGCUGCAGAUUACCUUGGAAUUCGAAACACAACUGGAAAACCGCUUCAUAAGCAGGGAUGUGAACUAUGCCCUGAACGAAGAAUCAGACACUGCAGGCUUUGCUGAAAGCAUAUCAUCAUGUUUUGAGCCAUACUUGAGUCUUUACAUCGAUGCAGAAGAUAGAGCUUUGGAAGAAAAGAUCAAGAGCUUCAAACUUCAGGAGCCAGUACCAGAGGAUGAUAUAUCUGUUACAGUUUUGGCCUCGAGUACAGAUAUCUUUUUGUUCUACAGAUCGGCUUUGACUAAUUGCGCAAAACUCUCACGAAAGAAACCGUUUUUGGAUUUGAGCUCAGUAUUUGGAAAAUGGCUGCGUGUAUAUGCGAAUGAUGUCCUCCUAAGCAAGCUUCCUAAACAAGGAGACAAGAGACCUAUCAACAGAGAGUACCUCCGCUCAAUAUGUAUCAUUCUUAACACUGCCGAUUAUUCACUCGCGACCACCAGCCAGCUUGAGGAAAGGCUAUGGGCUAAUAUCGAUCCUGGGUUCGUGGAUCAAAUCAACAUGGAACCAGAACGACAGGCCUUUCUGCACAUCAUCUCUGCCUGCACAAAGGCAUUGGUUCGAGCUGUAGAGAACCAUUACGAACCAGCACUGCAGUCGAUGGCAAAACUUCCUUGGGCAACCAUCGAAAAUGUUGGUGACCAGUCUGGAUACGUCUCUAUGAUCCAGGCAACGCUCAAGACAUGUGUAGGCGCUAUUCAGGAACUGAUCACCAACAAGAGAUAUUUUAGAACAUUCUGUGACAAGUUCAUUGAGUCGUUUGUUGCAAGGUUCGCGAUUAAUCUCACAAAGUGCAAGCCAAUUUCAGAAAUUGGAGCGGAGCAGAUGCUCCUUGACACACAAGCCGUCAAAUCUCUCUUGUUGGAGAUCCCCAAUCUCGGGUCAGAAUCAUCUGUACCUGUGCCAGCAUCAUUUAUCAAAUUUGUGACCCGAGGCUUAGGCAAGAUUGAGACUGUGCUCAAGACAGCGAUGAGUCCACAUGAACCCGUGGAUAUGUUCAUUGAUCACUACUUCCUCUUGAUCGGUGAUCGGAAUCUGGCGAACUUUCAACGCAUCCUUGAGCUCAAGGGUCUCAAGCGAUCAGAACAACAACAGAUGGUUGACCUGUUUCAAAAGAAACAGGUCGGGAUGGAGAGCCUUUCGGAUAACUCUGCAGUCAUGUCGUUACUACAGAGCAUGCCGGCUCAUAUCUCAAAUCAAGGCGUUGUAGGGCCUUCCGCAGGGCUAGUAGGAAAUAUGACGGGCAUUGUGCUUGGUGGGGUCGGAGGCUCUUCAUCAUCAUCGAGUGGUAGUCCAGUAGGGUUGAUGACACCUAGUGGAGCUAGUGGAAAUAAUAGCGGUCGGGAUAACAGCCCAUAUCAGCUUGGAAACAUUGUUACCUCUAGUAUUCUUAGCCAUAGCCCGUUCGCAGCAUUGGCGGCUCAACACUCAAAUUCUCCUGGGAGCGCAAGGACUAGUGGUGAACAAUCUAUAGGUAAUAGUAGUGGUGGAUUGUUUGGAUUAGGCCAGGACAGGGACUCUAACGUUGGUGCAGGCUCUGGGGUUGCAGGUGCCGGGGGCUCAGCAGUCACGAGCCCUCAAUCAGGAAGCGGAGGAGGAUCAUUUGCAGCAAGUGCCAAGAUAAACGUCAAUUUCCGCAAGUUUGUGGCGGGCAUGAGGGCCAAGAAAGACCAAGACUCUGGUUCUGUGGAGCCGUCGGGCAACUAAGAGCCUGGUUACUUGAUAGAAAGAAUAAAAAUAAUAGAGAAAAAGAAAUGAGGG